UAGUCUCACACGCAGUGAAUGCGAAUUUAUAGGGUGGGUGGGGUUUUUCUUAGAAAUCGGCCACUCUUGGUGUUUUUUUUUGUCGGAGCGUCUUGGGGAUUUAGCCGUGGACAUAACAACACUUAACCAUCGAGCUGAGGAAACCGUCUGCAGGGAUAAUUCGAGGCGAAUUUAAGUAGGACUCACGCCUGUGAGGAGCAG